AUGGCUGGAUUUGGAGAUUACACUGGAUAUAACCGCCCGUUUGGUUUAGAUCCAAACAGAGAAACGAAUGAUUUAUAUGAUACAAGAUAUCAACAGAUAUAUGGUUACCACACACCAGUAACUGAGGAAUAUCAGGGCCCACCUCUGGUCAUGGACGACAUUCCGGAAGAAGAAAAUAACACAUUUAUUACUACAGCAAUAAGUGUCGCAAGUCUGGUAACAGAGAAUUUGUUGAGUCAUCCAUUUAUUGUGCUAAGACGGCAAUGUCAGGUAAAUCGAGGUCUCAAAAGUUAUCAUAUAGUACCAUACACCCUACUACCAGUUGUUAUAAAAUUGCACAGAAGACAAGAAAUGACAACAUUGUGGAAGGGAAUUGGCUCUACAUGUAUUGUAAAAGGACUCAACUUGGCAGUAGAAGAUGUAAUAUCAAAGGGUACUAGUUGGCCUAAGGAAAUUGGAAAAUGUAAUUCUGUUUUGCAAUUCCUUCAGCAUGUAAGUUUGAAAUGCAUCAGCCUGGCUAUAAUUACCCCAUUCUACUCUGCAAGUUUAGUGGAGACAGUUCAGAGUGAUAUUGCAAGCGAUAAGCCAGCACUGCUAGAUGUAUUUCGUGAAGGAUUCCUACGUAUUUUAGAAUGGGGAUCCCCAAGCAGAGGCAGGAUGCUGCCUAUUUGGGCUAUUGUGCUGCCGACAGCUGGAUUAGGAAUAUCAAAAUACUUAGCCCACUUACUAUUAAGAAAGAUUACUGUAAAAGCACUACGGUUCCAACAAAGACACCGUCAUGAGUUGAGCGACUCAUACAACUCAAACUUUCCAAAGAACACUCAGAAUCCACUUAUAGAAGACAUCAAUUUGAAAGCAAAUAUCUUUUCAUUCAUAACUAUGGAAAUUAUCUUCUAUCCAAUAGAAACAAUUAUUCAUAGACUACAUAUACAGGGGACCAGAACCAUCAUAGAUAAUUUGGACACAGGUACCUCUGUUACACCUAUCUUAACUGGGUAUGAAGGAUUCUUAGAUUGCUACAAUACAACUAUUGCAAAAGAAGGUGUAUCGGGUCUAUACAAGGGCUUUGGUGCAUUAGUUUUGCAAUUGGCUGCACAUUUAGCUAUCAUAAAAUUGACCACUAUAGUAGUAACCGAAGUUUCGAAUUUGCUUAAACCAGCCAACACUCCUACAAAUUCAGAAGGUUCAGUUCAGUCACAACAAAAGUACAUUUUUAAC